AUGAAAUGUACCUUGAUACUCGCAGCCCUAUUUGCUGCGUCUUGGUGUGAUUUGAAUGCCGAUCUCAAAAAUCUGUUCAACAGAAGAUGUUCCGAUUGGAACGAAAUGAAAAACAGGGACAUUGUCAAACUACUCAAGAUAAACAAAACGGUGGAAACAGAACCGCAAGGUGAUGGUGAAAAGAAGAAUGAAGGAAAAAACGUCUCUGUGAAGUAUUAUUGCGCGCUCACACAGGUGGCCAGGCUUGCGCAACAGUUCAACGUCACAGGCUUAGUGCAAUACUACCGUCCAAUGAUACCAUUUUCACUACCCAUGCAAGAUGUGGUUCGAGAUCUCGGCAAAAUGCUUACAAAGUAUACGCCUGUUGCAAUGAAUGCGAAUGAUGAUCAUUACCCGUUCGGAUGCGAUUUUGGAGUGAAAUCAUAUAAAAAGCUAAUCCCGCAGAAGAAAAAGAAAAAGAACAAGAAGAAGAAGAAGCAAAAGAAGCGUUACAUGACCGUAACAGAGUACGACGCCUAUUGUGUAGUAGUAACUGCCGAAUUUGUUGUUGGAGUCCUAGGACAAAUUCUUGGCGGGUAUUAUACGAACGACAUAAAAGCAAUCUUGGACGCUUUGAGCAAACAAGAAUAG